CUGGGUUGCAUCUGUCUGUCUCUCUCUCUGCCUGUGUGUGCGUGCGUGAGUGCGCGCAGGCAAGCGAUCGAGCCAGUGAGUGAGAAAGCGAGAGAGAGAGAGAGAGAGAGAGAGAAAGAAAGGGGAAGGAAAGCAAUCGAGAGGGAGAGAGCGAAUCGGAGUGCGAGUGCAAGACAAAGCUAUGAAAUUAAUACGGGCUAUUUGCCUCCUGCUUCUUUGUCCAGCUUUGAGCCUCAACACUAGACAUGGCUAUGAGGGGCUGGAGCAGAAGCUGAAGGAGGUCUUCACAGAGCGGACUGGCAUCAUGCGCCAACUCUCCAAGACUUCAAAGGAACUGGACAGCAUAAAAGGCAACCUUCAGACACUGAAAAAUGACGACUCCGUGGCCAAGGCGGAUGUCCUGAAAAUCCUGGCGCUCAGCCACAAGCAGAGGGGAGAGAUGAAGUCCCUCCAGGCUGCCUUGCAGAAGCAGCUGGACGAGGCAACGGAGCAAGCCGAGAAACAGCAGGCCACAAUCAAGUUCCUCAAGAUGGAGAUGGAGAAAAAGACCAAAAUAAUCAAGGACCUGCAACAGGAGAACAAGAGCUUGAAAAAUAAACUGCUAUCUGGCAACAAACUGUGUGAUGUCCAUGCAGAAGAGUCCAAAAAAAUCCAGGCUCAACUGAAAGAGCUGCGGUACGGGAAAAAGGAUUUAAUUUUCAAGGGACAGCAGCUAAUGGAUCUGGAGCACAAGUUAACCAUUGCCAAAGAAGAGCUGGAAAAGGCCGCACUGGACAAGGAGUCUCAGUUGAAGGCACUGAAGGACACAGUGCACAUCUGCUUCUCUGCUGUUCUGCACAACCAGCCCACCAGCAGCCACAGGUUCCCCGCCACCCCCACCCACUUGUUCAGAUACUCCUCACUCGUCAACAGCUCCAGAGUCACCUUUCAGCAGCCACACGCUAAGGAUAUCCCGAAAGUUCAGAGAAUCAUCACAGCCAGUAAAUCGCCUGCGAACAUUGGGGUAAUGAGGAGAGACAGUAGUCCCGGAGUCAAGGACUGCCAGAUGGAAAAGAUUGGCGGGGGUUGCUUCCAAAACCAGACGGAGACAGAAUCCUCUCUCGACAGUAAAAAGCUGCUUGAACAGAAGCAAAGGCCUGCAGCGCAGAUUGGAAAAUCAAAUGCAAAGCCCUCAGAUGGCAGGGAGGAAGUAGAGGGAGGCAGCAAAAACACGAAACUACACAAAAACAACUGAAUGGAUGGGAUAUCAUUGGAGAUGCAGAACACCUGCGUUACCUGGAGAUCUUUUUCAGAGCACAUACUUGUGCGCACACACGCACACACACACACACACACACACACACACACACACACACACACACACACACACACACACAGUUUGCAAAAGAGACACAGGAAUUGUUGGACGAAAACAAACUUCUCAACCGUGAAAUGUUUAAAUUUUUCGAUUGAAAACCUGCAUAAUAACAUGGCAUGCAUUCUAGACUUCUUUUAAAAGGUAGCAAUGGCAUUGGUAACUUGUUUUAUGAUUGUUCAUUGUUGUUUUUUUUCAGAGCGAGGACACUACUUUCUACAGUAAAUGUGUGUUAUUUCUAAAUAAAUCCCUUUGCACUGGUGAGGUCAUGAUAUUCUGUAAUAUAAGUAGUCCCAUUAACAAAAACUGCUGUAACACCAAACUUACAAAUAUGGUUUGUCACUCAUUGUAGCAAGGUUAAUUUACUAUCUCCUCCAUAUUUUAAAGUAUAUAGGCUCUCAAGUUGGCUGGCCAACUUCUUUCAACAUUUAAUAUUGCAGAGCUCUUUCUGCCUUUAACAUGCUAGAGGUGAAGAGCCAAAGACUCACAAUGAGUCGUCUCCCUGAGAAUGUGCCAUGCACUGAGUAGUUACUCCUAGCUACAUUGAUCUGUGUUAUUUGACCUUUCUUUCAAUAAACUGUGAUUUUCAGUAAAUUUGUGAAGAUUAAAUGGAUAUUUGUGGAGAAAACGAAUCGACUGGUCUAUUUUUAACCUUUAGUGUGAAGAACAAUUUACAAAAUGUGGACUUUAUACCACUUCCGUAAAAAAUGUAUCACACCCUUGUAAGUGCAGUGUAAUUGCAGCAUAGGUAGCCGGAAAUGUACGGGGAGAAUCAAACAAUGUAUUUCAGUUUGCUUGCCAAUAUAAUAUGUGUAUAACAAAUGACAUGUUAAUUACAGAAAAUUCAACUAGGUAUCACAGUAGUUACUAUAUACGAUUUUUUAGGCCAAGGGUAUUUAUAAUGUUAUGGCAUAAGGUCAAUGAAACAUAAAGAAGGACCUGAAGAAAACACUGCAACUGAUAUUUUUGUUGUUGUUUUGUGUGAGGUUAAAACAAAACCAACCGUUGUCAUUAAAGCAAAUACUUACUCUUUUGUCGCUGUACACCAAAAUAUAUAUUUUUAUUCAAGUUAUGUUCACUCCAGCAUUGGCAGUUGCAUACUAAUUCAUUAUGGAAGAAAUCUCAAAGGAGGGCAGCUAGUAAUUAUUUCAGACUUUAAAAAGAAGCAGAGUUAAAAAGAAAAGUAAAGCAGUCAAGUAUUUAAUCAGUCUUGGUGUGAUUUUUUUAAUUAGCUAGGCUAUGUUUGACCGCUUAAUAUAACUGGAACGUAAUGAUUCAUAAAAAUACUGCUUAUAAUAUGCUAAUGCCGCUACCGUUAUAGGGCUACCAUCAUCGCCUUUUUUAGCAUAUCCAUGACCAAUGACAUUAGCGACAACAUGCGCCAGAUACCCUGUUUGACUUUCUCAAAUGAAUCAAAACAAGACAGCAAGGAAGCUAGAGCUAUUAAUCAUUAGGAAUACCAUUUGAAUAUAAUUUUUUUGGGGGGGUAAUUUAAAAACAAAGUGAACAGAUUGUGGGGAGUCUCUUGUUGACAUGAUACAACAGCAUCACGGAUCUGUUAUGAAUGUAUGUGCGUCACUUGAAAUGAAGUAGAAUGAUACACAACAGAUGUGUUAUGAAUGUCAAAAGGUGUGUAAUUUUACAUGAUUUUAAUUACACACCUUUAUAAGCAACCUAGAUAUUGCAAUAGCAGUGUCGUGAACUACUGUGUAAUUUAGGAGUGGGUCCCGAAGAAAUUUUUACAUCGGUAUACAGCUGAUGAGGACUUGUCAAUUACAUGUAAUAUGGAAAAUAUAUUCAUCAUUCAAAUAGCAAUGACACUAACCAUUAUGAUACAUAAGUACGUAAGUAUGUGUUACAGGCUUAGUUUUUUUUCCUACCUCACCCAGGGUUUCCCAAACUUGGUCUUGUGCCAGCACUAUACAGCUGAUUCAAAUCAACAAAACUUGAUGAUGAGUCAGUUAUUUCAAUCAGUUGUGGUAGUGCUAGUGCAUGAAACUAAAAACGUGCACCCAGGGAAGGCCCCCUGCCCUAACCUAAAUUGGUGUGGGAUUUUCUUUUAGUUUGUCUGUUCUCAGGCAAAUCCCCCCCCAAUUAAUGCCUUUCAGAACCCAUUUUAAAACCCCACCUGUUUCAUUUUGGUUAUCAGUAACUUAUUGAUUAGUUCCCUUUAUCUGCUGAGCGCCCCCAAAAAUGUUGGGAACAUGACAGUAUGUAUAAGUAAGUAUAUAGUUAGUUAGUUGUCAGUAAUUGUGAUACUGGACACAGUAGGCCUACUGUAUCACAUCUUUAAAAAAAAAAAAUGUUUUAUCCCUUUCCCUGUGAUAUUUGGUACAGUCAGCAGGAUCCGAGUGUGACCGAGCAGGAAAAUAUGGGAUGACAGGUGUACAACUCUUUUUGGUCCUCUAAUCCUUCUUUGUGGCAGGUUAUAGCAUAUCCCAGGGGUCUAGUGGAUAGCUUUCCAACAAAGCAACAAGGGUUCCUCCCCAUGAUUUGGCUGGAAAAAGAUUCCAUGAGUGCCGAGGGCAGAGGCAGUGCUGGUGUAACUAUGUCGUUUCUAAGGAAACAAGAGCUGCAAUCAGUAUGUCAUGUAAUUAGACGCUAAACAAAAGUAGCACAUUCAGAUUUUACUUUUGGGUCACUCCCCAUAUCUAUGUACUAAUGUGGUAGUUACAUAACAUAUUGUUACAUACUGUACCAUAGUACCUCGUAUUCCUGUUUCCAGCAUGCACAAUAACAGAGAUUGAACAUUGAGUGAUCUUAUGCCCUGUUCUGAUUCUAACAUUCAUAUUUAGUCCUGAUCUUGUCCACAUUCUGUUUGUGCCCACAUUUUCAGACAAGUGUAGACAAUUAAAAGACUAGUUGUGGUCUGAUUGUGAUCAGGUCUUGACCACCUCCGGAGGAAGUCAGUCACGCAUUGUGUCUUACAAGUGUAGACGGAUCUGGACAGUGAAACCAUUUAAAAUCAUCAUUAAAUCUUUGACAGGUGGCACCAUUGACUUAUGGCAUCAAUAUGUGUCUUCAAAUAAAUAAAUAAUAUUAUUUUGAAAGAAUAACUGUCAAAUAACUUGCAUACAGGGAGGGAACAGGAAAUGUGGUCACAAUGCAGACACUGUGGACGGAUAUGAGACACGUGUAGACAUAUUUCGGAAAAUGUGGGUACAAUCAGAAUGUGGGCAAGAUCAGGACAAACGAUGUAUAAACAAGGCUUAGCAAUGUAAUUUUAGGUGGUUGCUCAGACACAAUUGUAGUAAAUGUGUUACGACUUCUGCCAAAGUCGAUGCCUCUUCUUGUUCGGGUGGUGCGGUCGACGUCACCGGUCUAUUAGCCAUAAUUUGAUCCAUUUGUUUUGUCUUGUCUUCCUACACACCUGGUUCCAAUCCCAUUCAUUACCUGUUGUGUAUUUAACCCUCUGUUGUCAGAGAUUGUUUGUUGUUCAUUUAUCGUGUUGUUUGUAUUGGUGCGCGACUGGUCCUCGUACCCACUUUGUUUUGAUUUAUUGUCAUGGUUUUGGAGCUAUGUUUUUAAGUUAUUAAACUACUCCA